AUGUCGUGUUGUAAACUUGGGCCGGGAUACGCUUCCCCACUUGACGCAUUUAGGAAUGGCCCUAGGGAGGGGUUGCUUUACGUGGUGUGCGUUCAACCAGACCAGAGCAAGCAAGACUACCUAGCUACAGUGGAUGUCGAUCCAAAUUCACCUACGUACAGUCAGGUAAUUCAUAGAACGUAUACAGGCAGUGUGGGAGACGAGCUACACCACAGUGGAUGGAAUGUGUGUUCAAGCUGCCAUGAUAAUCCUGAGCUUAAGAGAAAUCUACUUAUUUUACCUGCCUUACACUCUUGCAAGGUUUUCGCUAUCGAUGUUGGCACAAACCCUAGAAAACCAGAACUUCAUAAGGUAAUCGACAGUUCUGAGAUGAGGUCAUUCAACUGCACUUUCCCGCAUACAGCUCACUGCCUUGCUAGUGGCGAAAUCAUGAUUUCGACCAUGGGUGAUGAGAAUGAAAACGGAAAAGGGGAGUUUGUACUUAUUGAUGCGAAAACUUUGAAAGUGACAGGAACUUGGACAAAAGGAAAGACAGCCAAAUUUGGUUAUGAUUUUUGGUACCAGCCCUACCAUGAUGUUAUGGUUGCUUCUGAGUGGGGUGUACCAAAAUAUUUUAAAACAGGUUUUCAUGCAGACGAUAUUCCUAAUCUUGAAAGAUACGGGACUUUAAUAAAUGUUUAUAAAUGGUCUACACACGAGCUAGAGCAAGUCAUAGAUUUAGGUAGCGAGGGUUGUGCGCCCCUUGAGAUCAGAUUUCUCCAUGAUCCUAAAUCCGCUGAAGGAUUUGUUGGGUGCGCUGUUGAAGCUAAUAUAUACAGAUUUUAUAAAUCCGAUGACGGGAAGUGGGCUGCUGAUAAAGUUAUCGAUAUUCCAGCAAAAACGGUUUUAAAGGACGGUGUUGAAAAUAAAGUUAAUGGUCUAAUAUCUGACAUUCUUUUAUCACUGGAUGACAAAUAUUUAUACUUUUCUUGUUGGCUUCACGGGGACGUCAGACAAUACGACGUAUCCGACCCAAAGAAUCCAAAACUUACUGGAAAAGUUCAAUUAGGAGGACAAAUCGCAAAUUACGGACUGAAAGUUAUUGAAGAUAAGGAAAUGGAGGUACCACCAACACCAGUCUUUCUAAAAGGCAAGCAACUACAAGGAGGUCCCCAGAUGCUACAAUUGUCUUUAGACGGGAAACGCCUUUAUGUAUCUUCCUCACUCUACUCUCCAUGGGAUAAGCAGUUUUAUCCGCAAAUGACUAAAGAGGGAGGCUGGAUAGUAAAAUUGGACGUGGACACUGUUAACGGAGGCAUGAAAUUGGAUCCAGAUUUUCUUGUAGACUUCGGCAAGGAACCGAACGGACCCGUACUGCCGCAUGAGAUGAGAUACCCAGGAGGUGACUGCACGUCUGAUAUUUGGUUAGCUGAAAAG